UAUCAUUCGCGGACAAAGUAGCACUUUGCAUUCUCAAUGUUUGAACCAUACUCUACACCAAACAGAAGGAGAAGCUCAAAUUUAUGAGACAUCACUGGUCCGACUUUGUGACCUUGCAGCUCUAAUUUUGCGCACUAAUUAGUGUCUGAAUCUACCGAAAGAUGGCGUUCAGAGUUGUAAGACAACGUAAGGAGGCGAGGAGAAAUGCUAAGCUUGAAGAAAUCUUCCAGGAUAGAGACAAAAAUCAGAAUGCUCACAUCACAUUCGAGCAAGUUCAAGAAAUAUUUAGAAUAUACGAGGUUGAAAUCGAUGAAAAUACGAUUAAGAAAUAUCUGGAUGAAAAUGAAGAAAUUUCCAAACCUGAUUUUGUUAAGCUGGCAACAGAUCUUAAACUGCUGGAUUUUGAUUUGAUGGGCGACAAAACCAUUCUUCCAUCUUUAAAAUCUCGAAAAGCUCCAUCAACUCCUAGUAAACGAAGAUCACAACAGGGAGGACAGGGUUUAUUAUGCUGCUGUGGAGGAGAUGCAGAAGAGGAUAAACCUGUAGACAAGAUUGAAACUGCUUUCCGGAAGUUAGAUAUAGACGGGGAUGGGUUCCUUUCUUGGGAAGAGUUCCAGCAGCUUGCGGUCAAGAUGGACCCUGAUCAAGCAGAAAGGAUAUUUGUAGCAUGUGACCAAGAUCUGACGGGUAAAAUAAGUCUAGAGGAUUUUAGAAUGAUCGCUACCAGUAAACCACCUAGAACAGACGAUGGAGUGUCUGAGGAGAACUUGGCUUGAGCUGGAACAGUCUGUAGUCUUAUACGUGAGAGAUAGAUGGCUGCUGGUCAGCUCACCAUCAGCAGUCUGUAGUCUUGUACUUGAGGGAUAGCUGGCUGCUGGUCAGCUCACCACCAGCAGUCUCGUUGUCUUGUACGUGAGAGAUAGCUGGCUGCUGGUCAGCUCACCAUCAGCAGUCUGUAGUCUUGUACUUGAGGGAUAGCUGGCUGCUGGUCAGCUCACCACCAGCAGUCUCGUUGUCUUAUACGUGAGAGAUAGCUGGCUGCUGGUCAGCUCACCAUCAGCAGUCUGUAGUCUUGUACUUGAGGGAUAGCUGGCUGCUGGUCAGCUCACCACCAGCAGUCUGUUGUCUUGUACGUAAGGGAUAGCUGGCUGGUUUUCAGCUCACCAUCAGCAGUCUGCAGUCUUUAACGUGAGAGAUAGCUGGCUGCUGGUCAGCUCACUACCAGCAGUCUGUUUGUCUUGUACGUAAGGGAUAGCUGCUGUUGGUCAGCUCAACACCAGCAAUCUGCAGUCUUGUUCAAGAGGGAUAGCUGGCUGCUGGUCAGCUCUACACGAGCAGUCUGCAGUCUUGUACGUGAGAGAUAGUUGGCUGCAUGUCAGCUCACCACCAGCAGUCUGUAUUCUUUUACGUGAGAGAUAGCUGGCUGCUGGUCAGCUCACUACCAGCAGUCUGUCUUGUACGUAAGGGAUAGCUGGCUGCUGGUGAGCUCUACACCAGCAGUCU